AUGGCCGUAGCAUUUGGACUGACAGGAGCUCAUGGUCAUAUUGACUUCUACGCCAACGGUGGAAAUGACCAACCAGGGUGUCCCAAAACCAUCUUCGCAGGUAAAUCUUAUUUUGUGUGUGACCACCAGCGCUCUGUGUUCCUGUUCUUGUGCGCCCUGAACCGGACUUGCACCCUCACGGGGUACCCCUGCUCGUCCUACAGCGUCUUCCUGGAAGGCCACUGUCUCCAGUGCGAGGCCUUUAAACCCGCUUCCUGUCCCGUGCUCGGUUACGACGUCAGUCAGUGGAGGGAGACUCUGCUGCAGCUCGGACAGACCCAAGUCUUCUUCAGCACCACGGCCACGCUGCCCUACAGGAAGCUGAUCUACAGGGUGGACAUGGUGACCUGGAACCAGUACCUCCGCUGGGGGGUCGUCUUCAUUCGGCUGCACAGCGGCAGGAACUUCACAGAGGUCCGACUAGACCAGAAGCUCCUCCGGUUCGAGCAGUACACCUCCACGCGGCUGCUGGCCCAGUUCGACGAGGACCUGCACCCGAUCCAGAAGAUCUCGAUGCGCAUCAACACCGGCAACGUGAUCGGCCCGCGGUACAAAAUCAGACUGCUGCGAAUACGCUUCACGCCGCUGGAGCGUCCCGAGAGGCCUUUAAUGUGCCGCUUUGACAUCAUCAUGGAGGAGAACAUGGAGGUGGCGUUUCGUCCUCUACCCUGCAACUCUCACCUUUGACUCCCCGACCGGACCCGCUUCUUCUUCUACGGAAACUCGUCGAACUCAGCCGAGCCCAGAAGUCCUCGGGGUGUCACGGGGCCUCCGGGCCACCAGGGGGCCCCGCAGAAGGAGCCGCAGCCUCCUCACUGGACGGUGAAGACGACCCGGCUGGUGCUGUGGAUUAACUCCUGGUUACUGGAAAAUCUACACAUGGUCUCGUACGAUUGAAGCCAUCACGUCGGUCUCGGCUGAGGCAGGGGUUUUGGGGGGUUUUUGGGGAGUUGAUACCGAGAGUUAAACCUGUGAGAUCCGGUAACACAGCGACGUGAUAGGUAACGGGAUUAAGGAAAAAGAUGUGACAGGAGAGGCGUCGCGGUGAAACCAGUUCUCUGGAUGUACAGUUCCUCUUCAUCUCUGGCUGCAUUUACACAAACAAACUUCCAUCCAUGUAACUGCACAGGAACUCUCAGUAUUCACUGUGUUCCUGUCGUUAAAGGGAUAGUUCAGAUCUUUUGAAGCGGUGUUACCCCCCAGUCUAGGGGUGCCUAGGACGCAACAUACAUCAGACUAAUUGGCCCCAUCUUCCCCGUCCCCCAAGCGGCCACAAAACCUAAGUCUUGGUCCAAAUGUAUUUGUUGCACAUAUCACAUUAUUGGUAUUCAAACAAAGGUCUAUGGUAACCCAGACUGUAGGGUGGCCUGCCACCAAAACAACAAACAAAACAACCCUGUCUAACCUAACAAACCAUAAAGACCAAAAGAAGAACAAUAACU